UUUUUUUUUUUUUCUUCUUUUUUGCAUAUCCUUUUCUUCUCCUCUCCUAUUUUUCAUUUCAAAACUAUCAAAUAAUGGCCGAUCGAUAUAGUUUCUCAUUGACGACAUUCUCACCAUCAGGAAAACUUGUACAAAUCGAAUAUGCUUUAAAUGCAGUAUCUCAAGGUGUUACUAGUGUUGGUAUCAAAGCUAAUAAUGGUAUUGUGAUUGCUACGGAAAAAAAGUCAGCCUCUAGUUUAGUAGAUGAUUCUACACUCGAAAAGGUGGUAAUGAUAUCAGCUAAUAUUGGGAUGAUCUAUUCAGGGAUGGGACCUGAUUUCCGCGUAUUGGUGGCCAAGGCUCGUAAGGCAGCUCAAGAAUAUAAACGAGUUUAUAUGGAAGAACCUCCUACUCGUAUCCUUGUUCAAGAAGUGGCAGGUGUGAUGCAAGAAUAUACACAAAGCGGUGGUGUUCGUCCAUUUGGUGUUUCUCUUUUGAUUGCUGGUUAUGAUGAAGUGGAUGGUCCUACAUUAUAUCAAGUAGAUCCUUCCGGUUCUUACUGGGCUUGGAAAGCUAGUGCUAUUGGCAAAAACAUGAUCAAUGCAAAAACUUUCUUGGAAAAAAGGUACAAUGAUGAAAUGGAAUUGGAAGAUGCAGUCCAUACAGCUAUUUUGACACUCAAGGAAGGAUUCGAAGGACAAAUGACAGAAAAUAGUUUAGAAAUUGGAAUUAUUGGAGAUAGUACAAUAGGUAUUCAUGGUGGUGAAAGAAAGUCAAUGCCUUUAUUCAGGAAAUUGACUUUGAAUGAAGUACGUGAUUAUUUAGCCAAUAUUGCUUGAAAAAUCAUUUUUUUUUUGAAUAAAAGAAAUAUCCAAUGUUAUUAUUAUCA